CACCUGAGAUAAGAUAAAUGUGGCAAGGCAUCUGAUGGGGAGCGACUAGGAGUCAUGCGAGGGAUCGGGCGACUCUCUCGUUGCCUGAGCGGGAUGAGAUAAAUGAGGUGGAUCUGUUACACUUGGGCAGCUGUUUGCCAAGCACAACCUAUGUCUCCAAUAGGCAGGCCAUUUUCGGGACAGGCUGGAGACAGAGGAAAAGUCCAGUAAACAGGCCGUGGUCUAUAUCUGGAUACCAUACACAAAUUAGACAAGGACCAGGGAUGAGGGCACAGGAACAAUGUAAGGACUCAGGAACCAAGAUCAAGGAGAUGAUGAAACAAACCUCUAAAAUAAGCUAACAAUUGUGGAACAUUCCGCAUGUCGCCGGAUAUCUUGCUGCAUUUGGAAGUGAUCACAUAUGAGCAAAGCAGCGCUUCCAAAUCUUGUACCCAUUUGAGGUGGCAUCUUCGGUGUAGAAAAAAGGCUUCUAAAACCAAGAAUGACACAAGAGAAGCGGAGUUUGCACAAAACGCCACCUGAUGGAGGCUGGGGAUGGAUGAUUGUGAUUGGCUGCUUUUUUGUUACUGUUUGUACUCGUGCAGUUACAAGGUGCAUAUCUAUAUUUUUCGUAGAGUUUCAGUCAUAUUUUGCUCAAGAUUAUGCAAGGACUGCUUGGAUACAUUCCAUUGUUGACUGUUCCACUAUGCUGUGUGCUCCCAUUGGAAGCUAUGUGAGUAAUCAUUUCUCCUGUCAAGUUGGCAUCAUCCUAGGAGGAGUACUCGCAUCCACUGGACUCGUUCUGAGUUCUUUUGCCACAAGCCUGGAGUAUCUCUACCUCACUCUAGGUGUGCUCACAGGCCUUGGAUUUGCACUUUGUUACAGCCCUGCCAUUGCCAUGGUGGGCAAAUACUUUGAGAAAAGGAAAGCAUUGGCAUAUGGGAUUGCAAUGUCUGGGAGUGGCAUUGGCACCUUUAUUUUGGCCCCUGUGGUUCAGCUGCUCAUUGAACAGUUUUCCUGGCGGGGAGCAUUACUCAUCCUUGGCGGAUUUGUUUCCAACCUCUGUGUUUGCGGUGCUUUGAUGCGACCUAUUUCCCUUAAGGAGGACUCUUUGCAUUAUCCACUCAAACAAGAGCCACAGCUGGAUUCCUCAUGUUCACCUCUGUGCCAGGACUGUUCUCAUAAGAGACUUUGCUAUUGCACCACAAAGGAAUACCGUUUCUUACUAAAACCAAAGUUCAUCAUACUCGCUGUGUCCUUUCUUUUUCUGGCUUAUGGGUGUAGUCCUCCCUUCGUCUACCUUGUGCCUUACUCUCUAAGUGUGGGAGUCAGCCACCAAGAAGCUGCUUUCCUGAUGUCCAUUCUUGGAAUCGUAGACAUUGUUGGUAACAUCACCUUUGGAUGGGUAACUGAUAGAAGGUUCCUAAAGAAGCAUCGAUACUGCUGCUACCUCAUAGCCGUGGGGCUGGAUGGCCUCUGCUGCCUGUUUCUUCCUAUCCUGACAUGCUUCCAGUUGCUGGUGCCUUUUUCUGUCAUGUUUGGCUACUUUGAUGGGGCCUAUGUGGCUCUCAUUCCUGUCAUUACUGGAGAUGUCGUAGGAACUUCCAACUUGUCCUCUGCCUUGGGGGUGGUGUUCUUCCUGCAUGCAGUGCCCUAUUUGUUGAGCCCGCCUAUUGCAGGUUGGCUGGUGGACACGACCGGUGACUACACAGCAGCAUUCCUUCUUAGUGGAUUCUCCAUGAUAUUCUGCUCUAUUCUUUUGGGUCUGGCUAAAAUAAUAAAUAGGAUAAAGAAGAAUCCCCAGGCCACAGUUGUGCGCUCCUCUGAUAUAAAGCAAGAAGUCUGGACUAAUGGAGAUGUGUCCUGUCUCAAUGCAAUAAGCGAAAAAGAGGUGUAGGUAAUGAAUUGUGCCAAGAACAAACACAUUUCCAUUGUUCAGCAUCUUUCCCAUGUGGGCCUGGACUAGAGUCCUGCGUAGGUCCAUUUUUUUGAAACCCAUACCUGCAACCCAAACACGCAACCCACAAUUUUGAUCCAUAUGUUCCCGCUACCUGACCGCAAUAGGCCAACUAACCUUCCAACCCAGGGGACACGCGAAAGUGAUGUCACAUUUGACCAGAAUUUAUGUCACUCUAGUGUUGAAUCUUAGCAAAAAAUUAAAAAAAACUGGAUCAACCUCGCACCUUUGUUGGAACAGGUUAUGGUUCAGCCAGAGAGGAAUAUUCAAUUCCUACUGUACCUUAAGGACUAGUUAACGUUCCUUAUUGAGCUGACAUGUAAGGAGCCAAUCCCAGCGAGAGAAAUAGGCUCCCAGGUUUAAGUUAUUUAUAUAGUCACAUCACAUAGAGUUACAUAACUUAGUUGUCAUAAUUACUUUUCAGUAGUGAUUAUACAAUACAUCUUAAUUGGUGGAAUAGUAACUUCCCAGGAGCUGCUCUCCCUCCACACACCCCAUUUAUUGAUAAGGUACUUUCCCAGAACAGUGUACUAUUCCAUACAACAUUCCAAAGCUAGAAGUCAGUUAACAUAACAUAGAACAGUAGAACUAUAACAAAAUAUAAGUAUUGGGGAGCACAUUGAGAUAUAUAUUUAUUUAUACUUGUUGGAGGAGCACAUUGAGAUAUAUAUACAAGUGUUGGGGAGAACAUUGAGAUAUAUAGUAGUGUUGUGGGAGCCUUUUGAGAUAUACUGUAUAUACAACUGUUGGGGGAGUUCACUGAGAUGAAUAUAGAAGUGUUGAGGAGCACAAGAGUGUAUUGUAAUAUGUGUAGAACUGCUAUGGGAGUACUUUGUACUUGUACUUUGCCUAGUGAUAGCAACAAUUACCUCUUGUUAAUAAAAAAAUAAGCAGCUGCUCGUUAUAAGUCAAUGGUAACACAAUGGGAGAUAUUUAUCAAAGAGCGAAGUUAGAGAUCACCACAGUCCACUAGAGUGAAAUUCUGCCCCUCUCCA